GACGGCCAUCUUUCUAAAACACAAACAACAGGAGAGACCGAGAGCACGUAUAAACACGCAGCGAGCGUUGGAGAGGGGCAAGCAAAAAACUAAAAAAACAACAAAAACGACAUAAAGAAAAAUUACACAGAAAGAAGAUUACCCGAUAAAAAUACCCAAAAACGAAGACGCACACCAAUGCACAAGAAGUGAGGACGGGACACGGCCGAAGCGCCCGAAACACCAGCCAGCUAGCGGAGGCUCUGCGGAGGAGGAAGGAAAGUAGAGAGAGAGAGUGAGACGCAAGAAUCUGGAGCUGAGCGGAGAGGAAGUGCUGUGACACGCGGUUUGGGCAGCGUGAGACUGCGGGAGGAAGGGGAGGAGCCUGGCACUGCACGCCUCACACACUCCACACUGCUCUUUUUCAUUUUUUACGCCUGCAGCUGAACAUUUGGUUCAUUGAUAUUGGUGUUAUUGUUUUUAUUUUUCCACCAUCGUUCCUGUUAUACUGUUUUUGUUUUUUUUUGGGGGGGUGUGUGGUCUGUUUUUUUUUUUCUCUCUUUUUUUUUUUUCUUUUUGUGGCUGAGGGCCACACCUUCGGUUCCUCUUCAGCCCUCACCCCAGCCCAUACUAGGCAGCUAUUACCCCCCCGGAAACUCUGUGAGCAGCAGUAAACACCGUUUGGCCUUUCACCCCAGCCUGACCCAUACCCAGCCUGGUGAAGCUCGCUCAGACCUGGUCCGCUCCACUGGACAGGAAACUCCGCUCCUUGUGGACAAGAGGAAUAUGACUGCUGAGACUCUCAACUUCGGCCCAGAAUGGCUCCGUGCACUGUCCAGUGGUGGAAGUGUGGCGUCCCCUCCCCCUUCCCCAGCCAUGCCAAAGUACAAGCUGGCCGAGUACCGCUACGGCCGGGAGGAGAUGCUAGCACUUUAUAUCAAAGACAACAAGGUUCCAGAAGACAUGCAGGAUAAGGAGUUUUCAGCUAUUCUGCAGGAUGAGCCCCUCGAGCCUUUGGCCCUGGUUCCGCUGACGGAGGAGGAGCAGAGGAACUUCUCCAUGUCUGUGAAUAGCGUGGCCGUGCUGAGGCUCAUGGGAAAAGGAGGUGGGGCUAUCCCGGCUGGUGCAACUAGGGGCAGGGGUAGCACAAGAGGCGGCAGAGGCCGUGGGAGGGGAGACAGUGGAUUCUACCAAAGAAGUAUUGAGGAUGCAGAGGGGGGCUUUGGCCGGAGCGUAAGAGAGAUCCAUCGUAGCCAGAGCUGGGAUGAUCGGGGCGAGCGCCGUUUUGAGAAGCCCCCCAGGCGGGACGGGGUGCGUGUGGCCUUCGACGAGACGGGUGCCGGGGCGCGAAAGGACCACGCCCGUGCUGAUAGCGAGAACUGGCGCACCCUGAGGGAAGAGCAGGAGGAGGAGGAGAUGACCUGUGAGCCGACGGGCAGCUGGAGAGUGGCAGGCACCCGCAGAGAUGAUGGGGGGCCUCGCUCUGCGGGCUGGCGGGAGCAUGCCGGACCCGGGGAGGGGCGCCGGCGCAAGUUCGAGUUCGACUUCCGGGAGCACUCUGAAGGGGGGCGCCGGCGUGCAGGCAGUGAGGGCCUGGAAGAUGAGCGAGACGGGCUGCCGGAAUGGUGCACAGAUGAGGAGGACGGAGAGAUGGGUACCUUCGACUCCUCUGGAGCAUUCCUGUCCAUCAAGAAGGGCUCCUCGGACCCCAUCCCUGAAGAGAAGGAGCUGGAGUUCCAGGGCUUAGAGGAAGAGGAUGAAUGCAGCCUGAUGCGGCCCAGGAAAGACAGCGGUGGGGAUGCAGUUGAAGAGAAAGAGGUGCCCAUCAGCUGUGAUGGAGAGGCCAAGUCAGCUGUUCCUCCUUCCCCGCCUUCCGUCUCCGCCCCUGCCUCCUCAGUGUUGGAGCCCCAGCCCCACCCACCAGAGCUGGAGCCCCCGCAGGUGUCCCAGCCCCCCAGUGCCCCACAGCCCGCCAAGGCCAGCAAAUUGCCAAGUGAAGAUGGUGUCACCACAGGGGGCGGCGUUCAAAUGAGCCCUGGCUCUUCCUCCAGCCUGCCUUCAUCCCCUCCCUCCUCUGCUGCUACAGACCUCCCGCCACCAGGGGGCGACACCGAGGAUGAUGAGGGCAUGAAGCACCUGCAACAGGAGGCAGAGAAGAUGGUGGCAUCCCUGCAGGACGAGGAGAGCUUCAGCCAGACCCUGCAGGAGAGAUGCAACACUGCAGCCGCCCUGCCGCUCUCACACGAGGCAGCCAUGAAGUGGUUCUACAAGGACCCACAGGGAGAGAUCCAGGGUCCCUUUACCCCCCAGGAGAUGUCGGAGUGGUUCCAGGUGGGCUACUUCAGCAUGACGCUGCUGGUGAAGCGGGGCUGCGACGAGGGCUUUCAGCCCCUGGGUGACGUCAUCAAGAUGUGGGGGCGUGUGCCUUUCGCCCCUGGGCCCUCCCCGCCCCCCCUGCUGGUGAGACAGCCCCUGCGCCCCGGUCCAUCUCGGGGGCCUGCUGGCAACAUGGACCAGGAGAGACUGAAGAAGCAGCAGGAGUUGGCGGCAGCGGCUGCUCUCUUCCAGCAGCUCCAGCAGCAACAGCAGCUCUUCCAGCUCAUCAACAGGUGUGGUGAUCAGGGUAUGAUGCCUUCGAUGAGCAGAUCAAUGUCAGUGCCAGAUACAGGGUCCAUGUGGGAUAUGCAUACCUCAGCUUCACAGCAGUCAGGCGGUGAAGCCAGUCUGUGGGACUUAACAAUGAAUUCUUCAACUCAGGGUCCAACUCUUGAACAGCUUCAGAAGCUCCAGCAGGAGAGACGAGACGCAGAACUCAGGGCAAAGCGUGAGGAGGAGGAACGAAAGCGCAGGGAAGAGAAGAGGAGGCAGCAGGAGGAGCAGAAGAGACGGGAGGAGGAGGAGCUAUACAGGCGCAAACAGCAGUGCAGGCAGCAGCAGGAGCUGAUCCUGAAGCUCCUCCAGCAGACGCAGCAGCAGGCCUCGCAGGUGGGCUCGGGCUGGAGUGGCGGCCCUGCGGUCCCGCUCACGAAGCCUGGCAAGACCCUGAGCGUGCUGGAGCUGCAGCAGGAGGCCGAGAGGCAGCUGCUCAAGCAGCAGAGGGCCCAGCAGCAGCAGAGGGAAAGGCAUGGAGGCAUGGCGCUGGGGAACCCUGGUGUGUCUGCGCUGGGGGGGCAGUGGAGCGAGGGCCCAGGUGGGCUCUGGGCCAGCGGCGGCAUGGAGGCCAAGCCCAGUGGCAGCGGCUUGGGUCUUUGGGAUGAGGCGGUGAAGAGCCAGGCCAGCCUCCGUAACAUGGGCCUCAAGACCAGCCGCAGCAGCCCGUCUCUCAGUGAGCCGUACCUGCUGAACCGACGCAAGCGCACAGAGGAGGAGGACAAGCUUCUGAAGCUGCUGCAGGGCAUGAAGCCGCAGGACGGCUUCACCACCUGGUGUGAGCAGAUGCUGCAUGCGCUCAACACCUCCGCCAACAACACCUCCUCCUCGUUUGAUGUUGCCACCAUUGUAGCAUACCUGAAGGAGGUGGAGUCCCCCUAUGACGUGCUGGACUUCAUCCGCUCCUACCUGGGGGACACUGUGGAAGCCAAAGAGUUCGCCAAACAGUUCCUGGAGCGCCGUGCCAAACAGAAAGCCAACCACCAGAGGCAGCAGCAGCAGCUGUCGAAGGAAGUAGCAGGACUGACGAUGAACUUCCCCAUUCAGGACUCGAUGAGGGGCGUGAACCCCACGCUGCAGUCGAUGUUCCAGGCAGCCCACAUGGGGAAGGGUAGCGUGUACGAUGGCCAAGGCAGCAAGAUGAAGAAGAAACAGUCCAUGAUGUUGCACUCCGACCCCAGCAUCUUAGGGUACUCAUUCCACAGCGCUGGGGACCGGCUAAGCCUGAGUGAGAUGGAGAUGGUGGAGGAGUAUUGAUCCACAGCAAUAGCUACCUGAGGCCUUUUUUUUGUUAUGUUUUAGUUUUGUUUUUUGUUGUUGUUUUGUUUGUUUUUCGUUGUUGUUUUUGUCUGACACUCAGACACCCUGAUGAUGAAUGUGCACUCUAGGGGAGAGGCUGUGGCAAGGAGCGGAUUGGCCUUACACCCCCACCUCCAUAAGGAGGUAGAGAAAGGGUGGAGUGUAGGUGGGGUAGGGUUGGGGGGGUUCGGAGAGACAGCAAACAGAGGAGAUUUUCUGGCACUUAUAUCAGUAAGCACCUUAAUCGAAACUACUGCACUUUAUUAAGAGGGAUUUGAAAUAGGGUUUUUUUUUUUUCCUUUUUAAGAUCACAAUUCUACACACAUGCAUACAUACGUGUGUGUGUGUGUGUAUAUGUAUGUGUGUGUGUGUGUGUGUGUGUGUGUGAGAGAGAGAGACGACUGGAAGGUUACAAGGUGGAUUUAUCCUUGGGGGGCUUUUUUACAUGAUCAGAAAACAAAUCCUUUCUUGAGAAACUGUUUUUUGUUUUUUAAAAAAACAUUUAUAUAAAAAGUAAAGCUAUUAAAAUGGAUAAAAAAAAACUUGAAGAUUGCACUUGCAUUAAAAAAAAAGAUUAGGUAUAGAAAUCAAUAUUUUUGUGAGGUGUGAGUGAGUUUAUCAGAAUACUAGUCUGCACGAUAUUUUUCUCAUCACUUUCCAAAAUAUGUACAGUGAUGAUGCCAUUGUCCUUUUUUUUAAACAGAUUUUUGUACUUCCUGAGCUCUGUAUGUGUGUGUCUGAUGGGACGUGACCCUUUGUCACUUCUGCAUCCCGACCUGUGUGGACGAUCCCUGUACAUAUGAACGCAAACACAUUCUGCCGCACCACGUCGCUGCCCCUAUUGGCUCUAGGUCCUGCUCCCUUUUCUACGGCUUUCAUAGCUGUGCUAAGUGUAGACACUACAAGCACAGGUGUGUGUGUGUGUGGGUGGAUGCGAGUGUGUGUGCCAGUCUGUUGGUGUAAAAUGAUUUUUGUAUUUUUUUUUUCUUGCAUUCAGCAGCUGUACAGUUUGGACCGUGAUUCUCAUCUGAUUGAAUUUGCCCUUUUUGUUUGCUCUUUUGUGUUUAUUUAUGAACAGAACUGUGCAAAGCGUUCGUAUCAGUAUAUUUAAAGACGUGUUCUAGUGUUCUUACUGUGCGUGCGUGUGUGUGUGUGUGUGCGUGCGUGCGUGCGUGUGUGUGCGCGCGAGUGGAAUGAGCUGUAGGAACACGUUCCAUGCAGUGUGAAGUAUUUCAGUUCAGUUUGGAGGCUGCUGCCUUUCCUCUUCCCCUCUGUCCUGUCGUCUUGGCGAGAAGAUGCGCCUGUUCAUCAUUUUCUAAAAAAAAAAAAAGAAGAAAAGACAAAAAAAAGACAAAAACGUGAAUGUAUUCCAAAAAAAAAGAGAGAGAGAUUACCAGGCGGAUAUUUUUUCCACACAUGCAAGAUGAAAGGAUGAGCUGGAAGCGCGAGUUCAUCCCGAUACCCUGCAGAACACACUGCCUCUUCAGUCCUUUCAGAGGGACGGACUCUGAAACGAAAAGCUUUUCUAUUCCUUACAGGAGGUUUUUGUUGUUUACAGAUCACAUGUAUGUCUGUGGUUUUUUGUUUUGUUUUUUUGGGGGUGGGGGGGGUGCUAGUUUGCAGUGCGAACUGAGACUGAGCUGCUCCAACUAGUGAGGUCAAAGCGCUCAUUGACUGUCGACUGUGACCUUUGACCUUUAAUGCUGUAGCUAUAGGAUCUGUGGGGGAAUGAUGAGCAUGAAGAAGCCACAUUGUGUGUGUGUGUGUGUGUGUGUGUGUGCUCCCUUUUUAUGAAUCUUUGGGAAGGAGGAGCAACUUUUAAGCAGUAUGAUGGCUGUCGGAUUCAUUGUUUUUGUUUUUUUUUGUUUUUUUUUAAUCAACAAACUGUUUUUCUAUACUUUUUUGUGGUACUUGACCUACGAAACGGAAAAAAAAACUUUGUGUAUGUGCUAAUGUGCGGAAAGCAGGAAGCCAGACUGGGGGUCUGAGCCCUCAGUCAUGGAGAGUUCCUGCCUGUCCCCUGCGAGAAAGCUGCUGCCUCGCGCCCCAGCCACGCCCCCCCCCCCCACCCCACCCCAUACACACGGAUAUAUACACACACACACACACACACACACACAUUCAUACAUAUUACACACACACUCUUUCUAUGCACUUUGGUUUGUUAGAAACUGUGAGGAACUUUCUUUAGGGCGGGGGAAGCGAGCAGCAAUCUGGGAGACAGUGUUCAUAGGUUUCUGAUUUUGUAUGAAAAAGGACAAAGAUCUUACCCUCUGUACUGUGUGUUAAUGUGUGCUUACGUGUGUAUAUAUACCAGACUUUUGUAUAUAUACAUCCAUGAACACACACAAUUCUAUAUGUACUUAUUUUUAUAUGUCAAAAAAAAAACUAAGGAUGUUUGAAAUGAAGGAUUUUCAUGCAGCAACAACAGUUUGAACGAUCUAUAAACCGACCUUUUCGUAAAAAAAGAUACUGGAUUAAGAAAAAAAAAAGAAAAAAAAGAUAAACUCCUGUUUUCCUCCACACCUCAUUUCCCGAAAAGGAGAGAGGAGAGGAACAAUAACAACAAAAGACGAAUAAACUCCAUGUGGGAGGGUCUGCACGUGCUGCGGCGGCCCGUUCCAGGAUUGCUCCUCAGAGUAGGAUGUAACAAGAAGGGACGUGCCAAGCUGAAGCUCUGGAUGGUGUUGUGGGGACCAAGGCGUCUCGCAGCUUCCUCUAGACUACUUUAAAAGACUCAUGGAAAGCGCUCUGACUUGGUGGACGAGCUUCAAGACGUGGGAGAAGCUUUGUGUUUGGCUUUCUGUUUCCUUCUGUCCCAGAUACUGUUUUUUUUUUUUCCUCAAACACCAAGGAAUCUAAUCAAGAGUGAAUGUUGAUUGGUGGCAACAAGAAGCAGACUGUUUUAAUGGCAGUUGCUGAUGGGUAGAAAUGGUGGCUGCAGUGCAUUGUGGGAAAGAGGAAGACUGAAGAUUUAGACCUCGAUCUUCCACGACUCCACUGCUGCUUGACCCAAGAUGCAUUCAGUAGACCUGGCCCACGUUUAUUAUUUGGCACCUUUCAGCCCGCUGCUGCCCCCUGUACUGUAAUGGAGAAACUGCAUUGUCACCCUUUGGGUGAUAUUGAUAAGGGGCAGAGAGGAUGACAUGAGCAUGGAUAGGGCCUCUGGAAACUGCUGCGCCAAGGACUAAUAACAGUGGCGAUGCCCAGCUACUGCUUCCUCUUCUCUGCCUCUUGGAGUUCACGGUUUUCCGGACCGGAGGAGGAAUUCCGGGCAGCUUGUAAGGAGCAAGAACCGACUGCCAUGUAAGGGCUGAGUUUAGUGAAGGCUUUUUGUACUGAACUUACAGCUGUGAUUUCUCUGCUGGUAACGCACACACGACACACCACACACACAGCCAGCCAGCAGCACCCAUAGAGCACGACUGAACACACGCUGAAGGCUUACAGUACAGCUGCAAAGGAACAUGCACACAGUCUCACACAUGCAGUGGAGUCCGGCUGCCAUGUAAAUAAUGUACAUAUCUUUUUUUCCCCUUCAUUUUUUUUUUCACAUGCCUUAAUUGUACAGAUUAGCCCUGGGUGGCAAACUCUUUAAAGAGAAACUCAAAACAAUGCUAUGAUCUACAGAAACGUGACUUUUGGAGGGGGAGGUCUUGAGCACGUGUGCAAAGAAGAGGAUGAUGGGACCUCCGUAUUCCUGCAGAAGUGUCCCUAGUAGCAGACAUACGCCAGUAUAGUGUAUGUGGAGAAACGGAUCUGCAUUGAAGGAAAGCUGUAACCUUUUGAACUGUGUGACUUUGUAAAAAAAGUUUUUUUUUUGAUGCCCAUUUAUGUAGCUGUGGUGUCGAACCCUGGCCAAGGGUCCGCGCCGACUUGGAGCCGAGUUGACUGGCUGGAGCAGGAGUCCUGCGCCAGUCAUAAUCCAUAUAUUCAGGUCAAGGACCACGCCUCCAAAUCUCGCUUGUCCGUGCCACUUCAGCGCCAGACGCCCCAAGGCGGGGGUGUGUGAAAAGUAGUGCAAAACAGACCUGUUACAUGCGCACACUCUUGCGUGUAGGCUAAGGGGUAUUUCAUGUGUGUGCUAUCAAACUCGGCUUCCACUGUUUCAUGCUGAACUGUAUAUCCGUGUUCCACACCAGUUUAGGGUACUGUAAAGUAGUGACAGUCUAGUCCAUUUGUGCUUAACAGUAGUUAUGUGGUGUUAUUGUUAAUGCUGAGGGGUUCCACUAGAGGGGGCUGGUGACCUGCAUUAGUGUAGCUGUCUCCUGAAAUCAAAUGAGCGGACUGGAUUUUGUUAACGGAAAUGUUUAGCAUGAUAACUUUCUGGCAUUGAUGGCUUUCCAUGUGUGAUGGACUGGAGUACUUAUUGUGAAGUUGGCUUACAUCGGUUAUGUUUAGAGACACAUGGCAAGCGCUUAGCUACGCGUCACUCAGUCCACAGUAAGCCCUCAGUGGCCCCUCUAAAUUCUUUCCAAGAGAUGGAUUUCUUGCUUGUUUUAAGCUGCGUGGAUAUGUUGUGUGGCCUGUUUGGGAGCAUAAUAUAGAGGAAAUUAUACAAGUGAAACUUUGAGGCACACAAGCUCUUACACAGGCGUAGGUUGGCUAGAUAGAUUAUCCUCUCGUGGUUUUUUUUAACCAUCUGUUGAGAGGUCAGGUGGGAAUCCCAUGUUCAUAUACUAACAGUUCUGGAAUUCAGGCCCAGCUCCUUUCUCUGUGUUGCGGAGUACUAAUGUCACAGUGAAGUGUUUUGGACAGUGAUGUGCCAUCCUGGUGAGACGACACUGUGAUUUCGAUUUAUAUUUUUAUUGAACAUCCUGUAAUCACACACAUGUCCUGGGAUUAAUGGUGAAUCCCGAAUGCCUCUGAAAGAACGACAUGCAUUUCCUCCAGCGCCCUGUUAAAACUCUGAUAUUGUCCCCCCCCCCCACCGUGAUCAGGCCCCAGACCAUCCAGUCAGCUCCACCUCCACGGCUUUAAGAAUUUUGAAUGUUUUAGAGAUUAUAUAACAAGUGAAAAAAAGGAAAAAGAACAACUUUAUGUACAUAGUUUUUUUUUUCUGGUUUGAAGCGAACAAUGUAAAAAAAAAUAAAUAAAUUCAAAGUUAAAUUUCA